AUGGAAAAAAGAGGAUAUAGCGUUCGUCGUGAAGAUCAAAAAAAUGGACAUGAAUCUGAGAAGUCAUAUAUUUGGGUGGUUGAAAAGCUUGCCUCGCUUAUUUUUUUUGAUAUUUCUCCACUUGUGUUUGUUACGGAUAACGACGCUGCACUUAUUGGCGCCCUUAAAAAAGUAUUUCCUCAAUCUGAAAAUCUCUUGUGUACCUGGCAUAUUUUGAAUAAUUUCAAAAAGAAUUUAAGAAAACACUUCGAUGAUAAUUCUUAUGACGAAAUUAUAAAAAUCGUAGAUCGUAUUAUCCAUUUGAGAGAUUAUGGUGCAUUAAAUUUGGCAAUCGCUUCAUAUAAAGUACUGGCUGCAUCAAGUUUCAAUGCGAAUGAG